CGCGUCACAGGAUCCCAUUUUUUAGGAGGGCUGAUGUCAUUUCAAAACUUAACUCACUCCCAAGUCAACGCGGCGAGUCUCUCACCUCCUAUCCUCCCGCGAAGUCCUCUCUCAUGUCCGCUGGAGCACACUGAAGAAGAAGAAAACCCGCAGGAGGUGAAAUCAACUAAAGAAAACACUAACUUCUCCAGCAGAGACGAAGCAGGAGGAUUUUACAGCAGAAAAAAAAAACCCCACCGGGACCAGAGCCCCUCUUUCUGCGGGCAAAGGCGGCUCAACUUUUCUUUUUCUUUUUUUUUUUUUUAACCACAAAAAAAUAGAAAAAAAAAAUGAAUCGGAGCUUUAAUAGGUCUCAACCUCUGCGGACUGUGGAUUGUAACGCCGUGGAAGUGAAAAGCAAGUAUGGGGCAGAAUUUCGCCGGUUCUCUGUGGACCGUCUCAAACCCGGAAAGUUUGAGGAGUUUUACAAGCUCAUACUUCACAUUCACCGCAUCGCCAAUAUGGAGGUGAUGAUCGGCUACGCUGAUGUCCACGGCGAUUUGCUGCCGAUCAACAACGACGACAACUUCUGCAAAGCGGUGUCGACGGCUCAUCCGCUGCUCAGGAUCUUCAUACAGAGACAAGAAGAGGUCGACUAUGCUAACUUUGGCAACAACACAAUAACUCGUAAGAAGCGCAAUAAUGACGUCAACCGCAAGCGGCCACACAUCCGCAUCGGCAUGCCCCAGGACUUCCGGCCUGUCUCCUCCAUCAUUGAUGUGGACAUCCUACCUGAAUCUCACCGCCGUGUCCGACUUUAUCGUCACGGCUCAGACAAACCCCUGGGCUUUUACAUCCGAGAUGGAACCAGCGUUCGGGUGACGCCUCACGGGCUCGAGAAAGUCCCCGGCAUCUUCAUAUCACGACUCGUACCCGGAGGGUUAGCGGAGAGCACCGGGCUGCUGGCAGUUAAUGACGAGGUGUUGGAGGUGAAUGGCAUUGAGGUGACUGGAAAGUCCUUAGAUCAGGUAACGGAUAUGAUGAUCGCCAACAGCCACAACCUGAUUGUGACGGUCAAGCCAGUGAACCAGCGCAAUAACGUGGUCCGCAGCAGCAGGAUCUCGGGGAGCUCAGGCCAGUCAUCUGACAGCAGCGGGUCGACAGGUUAUCCAACUUUGUCGGUGGCCACAGCAGGGGUGCUAUCCUCUGGAGCACAUGGGUACCAAGAUGACCUAGAGAGUGAUGAGGAGACCGAUAUCGUCAUUGAGAGCAGCCUCAAGCGGCCGUCUCAGAGGUCCAUUGCUUCAUUGGCGUCCAGUGCGUCUCGCACACACCACCAGACGCCAACAACAGCUUCAGGCCCAGCGGCACCUCCAAGCCCUCCCUCACGUCCUUCAUCGGUGGUCUCCACUGUUUCCUUCCACUCCCAGCCAAGCCUCAACGGAGGGUCCAGCCACCACCACCAACACAGCAGCCUCAGCUACCAGCUCCACAGAGACCUGAACCUUCAGCACAACCCGCACCCACAGUCCCAGCACCGUCAUCACCAUGUACAGCCUUCGCAUCACAGCAGCAACCCAGCCCUCCGCCACAGCAACGGCAGCCUGCACAAAAUCCUCAGCUCCAUGAAAACAGACCCACGACACAGUCUUGCACUGCCCAGAGGAGGGGUGGAGGAGGAUGGCACGGUCAUUACCCUAUAAUACUUAUAAUCGGACACACACACAUACACACACCCACACACACCCACCCACACACACACACACACACACACACAUACACAUACACACAUAUAUACAUACAUACAUACAUACAUACAUACAUACAUACAUACAUACAUACACACACACACACACACACACACACACACACACACACACAUCCAAACUGCUCAGAGACUAAAACUGGAACGCCAGGCCGGAUAAAUAUGAGCAUGAGUGUGUUUUGUCAGAUACUAAUUUUGUAACUUCUGUUUGUUUUUACAAGAUAACUGAUAAUGGGAAGUUACAUACCAGGAAACAAGGAAAAUGUAUUGUAUAUAUUUCCUGUAUUUUUAAAGUUGUCUUUGUCUUACAUCAAAAGAUUUGUACGUAUGUAUGUAAUAAGCAUCAGAACAAACUGUUUUUAGGCGAGUCCACUGUAUCCUAGAGUUCUGAAUGUGCCUACAGCCUAAUAUCUUUUGCUAGUGACCACUCUUAUCAAGAUCCUUUUCAUUCUUAUUACUGGGACCAAUUUGGGUUUGCUUAUGGAUGUUUUUAAAGAGUAAAUCUAUAUUUCUUAUAUUCUGAUAAAUGCUGUGUAGAGUAUGAUUUUUUUAAUAGUUCUUUUAUGCAUUGAUGAUUGUGAUCAAAUCCUUGUAUCUGUUCCAAUAAAUUAUUCUAAGUCUCACAGAUUUGUGAACUA